AUGGUUCAGUUGCUCCCAGCGCAAGAAGCAGCCAGAAUCUACCAUACUAACUAUGUACGCAAUGCACGUGCUAUAGGUGUAUUAUGGGCCGUGUUUACAAUCUGCUUCAACAUCGUCAUGGUCGAAGUCUUUAUCCAACCUUACUGGAUCGGUGACAGCCUAAACACCCCACAAGCUGGCUAUUUUGGCCUGUUCAGUUAUUGUAUUGGCAAUGCUUUGACUUCAGAGCUUAUCUGUAAGGGAAGUGCCUUGGACUUUGAAAGUAUUCCUUCAGGAGCUUUCAAGACAGCCAUGUUUUUUGUAGGGAUCUCAAUGUUCCUGGUGAUGGGCUCUAUGUUAUGUUUCAGUCUUUUCUUUUUCUGCAAUUCAGCCACCGUGUACAAGAUCUGUGCAUGGAUGCAGUUAGCUGCAGGUAAGAGAACAGAAGUUGUUUUCAUCUGUUUGACUUGGGCAACUUACCCUAGAACCAAGGACAAUUCAUUUUGUCAUACUUUCCAUUAUGUAUUUUCUAUCACUAUUUGUUUUUAUUUAUUUCCUUUAUCGGUUGAUUUGUUACAUUUACUCCCUCCACUUUUGCUUCUAUUUGCAUUUGACACCAUUUUUUCCCCCUCAAUGUUUCCUAUACAGCUGCUGGCCUGAUGAUUGGAUGCUUAAUUUAUCCUGAUGGAUGGGACUCUACAGAGGUCAAGCGUAUGUGUGGGGAUAAGACCGAUAAAUAUACAUUGGGAGCAUGUACAGUGCGUUGGGCCUAUAUUCUCGCCAUCAUUGCAAUCAUGGAUGCACUUAUACUCUCUUUUCUUGCUUUUGUCCUGGGGAACAGGCAAGAUAGUUUGCUGCCAGAAGAUUUCAAGAUCCAGAACAAAGGUAAUAAUUCUCUAUGUGUCCUACUACUCCUGCCAUACUGCAAAAGACAUGGUUCUACUGCAUAGAGCCACUAGCGGUAGCAGUUAGGACAAACCUCUAUACUGCAGCAAUCUAAACAUUUAAAUCUAAAAUCGCCAAUCUAAACAUUUAAAUCUACAGCACCGUAUAGGAUUAACAUACUGUAUUUAUGAAACACUGACAGGGGUAUUUACUAAAACGAGAAACGUCAGAAAUUCAAAGAGAAUUUCAAGUUUAAGUACCAAACUGAAUUUUAAAUUUAGUGCCAAACUAGCCAAACUGGAAACAUAGUUAACUUGGAGAACCUUUCCACUUCUGCUAUUUUUGCAUUGAAUUUGAAAUUUCACUUUGGUACAUAGGUACAUAGUAAUCUAGGUGAAAAAAAGACUAAACUACCAAUUGUAGUCAUUUUCAAUUAUCACCAGUGAAAUGUUUCUAGUUCUGCAAUAUCCUCCAUUAAAACUGCACAAAAUUACACUGCAUAAUCAAGGUGGGGUCUUACCUUUUAUAAAGAGACCUUUAUAAAGAGACAAAAUGACCUUUUAUAAAGAGACCCAAUUAAAUUUUGAUCAACUUAAUGCCAGGGGACAGGGGGUUAUAGGAGGUGACACACAUCCCCUGUGUGUCACCCCCAUAACCCUGCAUCUCACCUAUUUCCACUGUAUUCUACACAGUGAAAGCUGUAGUAUAGAAACUUGAUUGAUGUACCGCGUGCAUGCGCAGUACACCCAACAGAUUUCUAUAUCUGAAGGAUGUGCUGCACGCAUGCGCAGUACACCCGUCAGAUUUCUAUAUUAGAAGGAUGUGCCGCACGCAUGCGCGGUACACCCUUCUGGUUAGUGGCCCAUCUGAUCCCGUGUCAUCACAGUCGGCACGCUGCGCCUCCACCAGAAUUCUAUAACUGCAUGCGCCCAGCUGAUCUUGCAUCAUUUCCGGUGACAUAGGUACAGCAAUCUGAUAGGUAUACUUUUCUGAUAGAACACCGGCACUGUAUACCAUUUCCUAAUUUGUUAUUUAUAAUCGCUCCCAAGUCCUGUUCAUUUAAUGUUAUCCCUAACUCAAAUGCAUGACAUUUAUUUGUAUUGAAUCUCAUCUGCCACUUGCCUGCUCUAUCCCCCAAUGUAACCAAAUCAUCUGUAGAGAAGCUACAUCAUAUUCAGACCUUAUUAUCUCAGUACGUUCUAUUAUUUCAUAUGUUGCUAUAUAUGAUGCUAUAUAAAUAAUUAUAAUUCAGAUAUGCUGGAACAGUUCACCUCACCUGUCAGAUGAGAUUAUAUUUUUGUUUUAAAACUGCUCAGUAUCAUGGGAUUUUUGCUAUGUUAUAGUUUGGGAAUUAACGCUUCAGCUACACCACUUAAAAGGUUAUCCAGUGGACAUUCUUGCCCGUAUGGAUCAAGAUGCUUUGUGAAAUGCAGACACAUAUGGACUGUUCUUUCCUUUUGCAAUAAAAGCACAACAAAUGAAAACAAAAUGUACUGUAUAAUAACAAGCUUUAAAGAUAUGUUAAUACCCCUAUUCUAUGAAAGUGGUAUCAAAUAUUUACUAUAACAAAAAACACAGACCACAAACAGCCUCUAUGUUAAACUGUGCAAAGCUGAUUUAAUGACUGAUGAUACAGAAAACACACAUGCUUACAUUACAAACCAUAAUUGUUUCAUACUGGCAAAAAUAACAUUUUCAGAAAAUGCUCACUGACAUGUUCUAUUGUGAGAAAGUCAAACAUAUAAGGGUAUGAACUGUUAAGUGCAUUUUUUCCGGUCACCUUUUAGAUGAUCUAAAACAGAAGGAAAUAUGAAAAUAGAUUCUGCGAUGUGUCCUGAAAACACUAUGACAAAACAAUAUGGUGAAUUUCUAGAAAGGGAGAUACAAGCAUUUACAGAGUUAUUUGGGAAAGUGAAAAAUGAAAGUUAAAUCCAAGUGAAUUUUUAACCCAAGCCUUUUUUUAUUUACAGAAGAAGAUGGUGGCUGA